ACGUGACGUGACUCCGAAGUCCGAAUCCCCCAACCCUCACUCCGCUGGCGGCUGGCAGUUCACGCCAGGCGGCGGCGCGGCCAGUGGCCACGGCGGUCGUUGCGUCAGGGCCGUAGGCGCCGAAGCGUGCGGUCGACGCGACGGGAGACGAGGGACCGCGGCAACGGGGAACAAGCCGGCCAAACGGAGGGACUAGGGAGGCGCGCAGGUGGAGGCGGCGUCUUCCGGGCGGCGGGAGCGUGACCGGCCGGCGAGAACCCCACUUCGGCAGUUUCGAAGGCGAAGCUGCAGACACUAAUCUGAAGAAAAUCAGUGGUUCUUAAGAUGAAUUCUAAGGCUAAUGGGAGCAUAAAGAAGGCAGGGAGGGGUGAUCAUCUCCAUGGAGGGCCAAACUGGGUUCUUGUUGCUGGAGGCAUUUUGCUCAGCACACUCUCAGUCAGACUUGGGUGCAGAUUGAAGCAACUGUUUGAAACCAAGCAGCAAAACCCUUCUACCAAAGCCAAAAGAAGGCCUGGGGCAUUUGAACUGCAUUCCAACCUCUACAGGUUCAGUGACCAACCUAGCUGCCAUUGUUACAUGUCAGGGCAUGCUGAUGGUGAAGUGGAGCUCAAGCAAGCGCCUUCAAGUCCUAUACCUAAAUCAACUGAACCAUCCAAUCUUCUUGUGAAGAUACCAACACUAGAAUCAAGCAAAGAGAACAGUGGUAUCAUGUGGUCAUCAUCGCCUGACCGGCUUGAAGAUCCUCGCAAAGCAACAUUUCAGUACUCAAACUGCUCAGGCUCUCCCUCCAUUUCAGAAUCAGGAUCCGACAUUUAUAGCAAGCGAGAGGUCAUACAGAAGCUGAGGCAGCAGCUCAAGAGACGUGAUGAGAUGAUCAUGGAGAUGCAAGCUCAGAUCGCGGAGCUUAAGAACUCUCUGGCCAUCCAGGCGACUGAGAACACCGGUUUGCAGUCCCAGCUGGAUGCCACGAACCGAGAUCUGUUUGAAUCAGAUAGGGAGGUUCAGCAUCUAAGGAAGAUCGUCGCAGAUCAUUGCGUUGCGGACUCGCUCUCGCUUGAUAAACCUUUUCACGCUGGACAGUGGCAGACGAAUGGCACCAAUGGGCACGCUAAUGGUUAUUCUGACAGCAGCAUGGAUGACCCUGAGGUGCACUGUAAUGGUAUAGAGAAGAGGAAAGGAGAGGCAGAGAGGAUGGAGAUGCUAAGGAAAGAGGUGGGUGAGCUGAAGGAAGUUAUCGAGGGGAAAGAUUUCCUCCUCCAGAGCUACAAGGAGCAGAAGGUGGAGCUCUGCUCAAAGAUCAGAGAACUGCAGGAAAAGCUCUCAGCUCAAGUGCCGAACAUCUUGUAGCAAUAGCACUCACAAAACGUUACACGGACCAGCAGUGGAUCUCUGAUACAAUAAACAGGUGGUUUUCGCAGGGAAGCUCUCGACAGAUAUCGCCAAAAUCUUUCUAAGUUCUUUGCAGAAAGUUAGGUUGAUUAGUUUUCUCAUGUUUUAGCCACGAUGUCUAGUUUCUCUGGUGUGUUUUUGCCCUCUCCUGCUAGGUUCUAGGAAGGGUUUAUUUUUCGUCAUCCGUUUGUUUUCUAGACCUAGGUAGUUCAAUCAAUGGUGAACUUGGUGCAUAAGGUAUCUGUACAGGUUUUUGAUUAGCAGACAGUUGUGAGCUGUGCCUCCUCGUGUGGCGAGAAAUUUGCAAUCCUGGAAUGCAACUCUGCUGUUUUGCUUGAUUGGUGCAUAUGUGAAUUCAGUAGUUUCGCC